UACUCUCCCAACCUUUUCUGAUUAAAUUAAACGGAAAUUAAAUAAAAGUGUUUCUGGCCUUUUCACAAUACUGUAAAUACAGAAGCAACAGAGUAUCCCAAAACUUCUCACCAGAAGCAGUGCGAAGGUCUGUGUUUACUGUAAGUUCAAUUAAGAUGUCUUAUUAACCUUCACUUUAAGAUCAUGACUGCCAUUCAUUUCACACUGCAGCAUUUUACUGGGGCAAGAAAUCUUCCUCAUUAUUCUUCAGUGGUUUGUCCAUCAUCUCUUCUCCCAUAACUUCCAUUCCAGGAGCACAUUCCUUCUGAAGCCCAUUAGAGACAUGCUGCAGCCAAAAUAGACCAGAUGUCUUAAAGAAUGCCAGUAUGUACUAUAUCAUGUACUUUACUUCCUUCAUACAAUUGCAAAAAAACGUGCACUACAAAGCUGCCCUACCAUUAUUCUGCCGGCUGUACCACUCUCUCUCUGACACACAAUAAAAUGUGCUUAACGACACAAUGCUGUCAUCAUCAAAGUGAGAGCAACGUGUGGACAUGCUAAUGCUCUCCUAUGAGAGACGACUUUUGGAGACCAUUCGCUCAGCGCCUCAACCUUCGGACCUUAUAUGGAGCAGGAUGGCAUCUUGGACAGGACGGUCCACCCCUUUGGAUCAACAAGAGGGGGCUGUAGGUGGGUAUAAAACCAAUCUGAUCAUUGAUAACGCUCAUCCUUCCUCUCCUAUCUCACUGCCUCUCCUUUACCCCUGUAGCCAAGCCAGUCUUAAAGCAUGGCUCCCAAGAAAGCCGAGCCCAAGAAGGAGGCGUCAAAGCCCGCUCCCCCUGCGGAACCAGAGAAGCCCAAGGAGCCAGAGUUUGAUCCAAAGAGCAUUGCAAUAGAAUUCAGCUUGGAUCAGAUUGAAGAAUUUAAGGAGGCCUUCAUGCUGUUUGAUAAAACUCCCAACGGAGAAAUGAAGAUUUCCUAUGCUCAGUGUGGAGACGUCAUGAGGGCAUUGGGUCAGAACCCCACCAAUGCUGAGGUCAUGAGGGUACUAGGGAAACCCAAACCUGAAGAACUGAACACCAAACUGAUGGACUUUGAAACAUUCCUGCCCAUGUUCCAGCAUAUAUCCAAGUCAAAAGAGCGAGGAACAUUUGAGGACUUUGUGGAGGGUUUAAGAGUCUUUGACAAAGAAGGAAACGGGACUGUAAUGGGAGCAGAGCUACGACAUGUCCUACAAACAUUAGGAGAAAAGAUGACGGAGAAGGAGGUAGAGCAGGUGAUGGCAGGACAAGAAGAUUCCAGUGGCUGCAUUAACUAUGAAGCUUUUGUUAAACAUAUCAUGUCCGGAUAAACGUCAGAGGACUCUCUCCUGACUGCAGUCUUACUUAGAAUUAAAUUCUACAAUCUCUUGUUCCUAUUCAGCACCGAAGAACAAGUUCCAUCAUAUGAAAAUCUCUUUCCUCAUCUUUUUAUCUGUUUUUGUCAGAUGCUCUGAAUAAAUGAACAAAAGUAGAA